GUUUCUAGGUAUGUUGGCUAUUAUAUGGCACGAUGAUCUCUUGCUGAGAUCGGCCGAAACAAACCAACUCAAGCUAAUCCAAAAGCCUACCAUAUCUAUUCUUUGAGUCCAGAUGCAUAGAAACAGUUACUUCUUACUCCCUACCUCCUCAUAGGAGUUCCAUGUUCUACUCACAGCUUAACACGGCACCCUUCCCUCAAAAACAUCCCCUCUACUAGCGACGGAUACGCAAGACAUGUUCGAAGAGUCCAACAAGUUCCCGUCCAAUCACAGUGUCCCAGACCCCUCCCAGAAGACUUCUCCUUCCCAUACACACACACCACCAGGUCUCAACCCACGUUCUUGUGUGACUUGCAGGAAGCGCAAAGUGAAAUGUGACAAGCGAAAUCCUUGCGGUAACUGCACUAAAGCCCGAAUUGAAUGUAUAUUCCCUUCUCCAGGACGCGCCCCGCGAAAAGCGCGUAAACCUCCAGAUGCCGAAUUGUUAGAACGACUACGCAAAUUAGAGAGUGUUGUCCAGAAUUUGGGCGCUCAGGUCGACGAUGAGACGUCUCCAACCCAGCCGAAGGUUGAGGAAGACAAAGAAGGCUUCAACCUUAUGCGCAAGGUCGCGGAUGCACCCGGGCAACAUCAAAGAGCAGACGUAGUAAAGAGCAAUGGUGUAUCUUCUUCUGCCGAUCUCACUGUGCCAGGGCUAGAGGCUCGCUUUGGUCGCUUAGUUGUGACUGAAGGCAAAACUAGAUACAUAAAUACCAGUUUCUGGGCAAAUCUGAAUAGCGAGGUUGAAGAUCUCAAAGAGAUCUUUGACGAGGCCACUGACGAUGAAGAGGACUAUCCAUCUCCGUCUUCGAAUUCGACUUCAAGUCAUCAGAACUUCAUAUUUGGCUUCUCUUCAAGCAAUGUCGAUAUGAUUCCUCUCCACCCGUUACCGCGCAUGAUUCCCAAAUACUGGUCGCUAUUUAAAGAAAACGUAGAUGCACUAGUGAAAGUCUUGCAUAUACCAACGAUCGAGCCGACGAUUUUAGACACUGCGAAUGGGCUAGCUAGUUUACCCAAAGGCUUGGAAGCCCUGAUGUUUACAAUAUAUUAUGGUGCCGCGACAAGUCUCAGCGCCGCAGACUGCAUACAACAAUUGGGUGAGCCCAGGGAUACACUGCUGAGAAGAUAUCGCUUUGGAUUGGAGCAGGCUUUGGCUCGAGCUCACUUUCUGGACUCUCAGGAGAUCAUCGUCCUCCAGGCCUUUGUGAUCUUCCUCAUUCUUCUACGUCGGAACGAUGACGCGCGUAUCAUCUGGACCUUGACCGGACUUGUUGUGCGUAUAGCUCAGACCAUUGGCCUUCACCGUGACGGAACGCAUUUCAGCCUUACUCCGUUCGAAAUCGAAAUGCGUCGUAGGCUAUGGUGGCAAGUUUGUAUAUUGGAUGCACGGUCGUCCGAGGACCAUGGCUCGGAUCCGACCAUUUCCGAGGCCCAAUUCGACACCCAAAUGCCACUCAAUGUCAACGAUGCGGACCUAUAUCCCGAGAUGAGAGAACUUCCAGAGUCUCGAAAAGGUUUCACAGAAAUGACCUUUUGCAUCAUCCGAUUUGAGGUUGCGAACAUGUUCCGACAAAUUGUCUACGUGCCUCCUGGGCCAGUAAAAUGUCCGUCGCAGUUCGCCAACUUGUCGAUUCAAGAUAAAGAGACGUGGAUCACGAAUUGCCAUACAAGGCUCGAGGAGACGUACUUGAAGGAGGUCGACAUGACUAUUCCAUUGUUCUGGGUCACUGCCACGGUCUCCCGUCUAAUAUUAUCCAAGAUGUGGUUAGUCGUCUAUCACCCCUUCCAAAGGCUUGAUGGUGGUGCGUCCCUUCCCCAAGAAGUCAAAGACAAGCUUUUUAUCACCUCCUUGGAAAGCGUUGAGUACUCUAUAUUACUGGAGACUGAGGAACGCACACGAAAGUGGGGAUGGCUGUUCAAGACAUAUGUUCAAUGGCAUAGCCUUGCUUUUAUGCUCUCCGAACUAUGCACUCGCACCCGGGGUGAAGCGGCUAAGCGUGCAUGGAAAGCGAUUGAAGCAACUGUCGCAAGUCGAUUUCCCAGCCCAUUUACAGAUGGCAAGAAGGCGCAAUUAUGGAAGCCGUUGCGCAAGCUCCUGCUCAAGGCGCGUGUAGCCCGCGAUAAAGAGCUGGCUCGUGAACGGCUUGAGCUACAGUCGCAAGGAGCAAUCGACGUAUCGGAUCUACCACAGGACAUCACUGGGCCCAUUGAGAGCUUCCCAACUAUCGACGCCCUUCUGUACGGAGCUAAAUUUGACUCACCCUCACUACAGUCACCUAGCGUACUAACAACCAUGAACACAUCUUUUCCACCCACGAACACGAAUACAAUGGCCCCCCGAAAUAGAGCUGCUGAAGAUUUUGCUCAAUUCUCGACUAUGCCCAUGGAUUGGCUUAUGGAUGACCUCAGACAUGAAACAUAUACGAGUCCUGGCGAUGAUCUGGUCAACUGGUCUAAUUGGGACGAUAUGGUCCGACAAUAUGGCACGCAGGAAGACCCAGCCGGCAUCAACUCAAACACGGCCGGGCUGGGAGGAACUUGGUAUUGAAAUGGGUAAUGAAUAAUAACGGUGGACUCCUAGAUACCUGUCUCUUCUAGAAAGCGUUGUUGGGUGGGUACGGAGUUCUGAUUGCACAAAGCUUCGGCCAUGGCGUCUGGGAUACCCAAUCAUGACUCACUGUAACAAUAGCUGUAUUUACUAAGUACACUUCGCUCCCGGCAUUACCUAAUUGUCCAUAAGGAUAUAUAUUGUCAAUCCUGCCUUGUCCUUAACU